GACAGACAGUGAUAGAGGUGGGCAGAGGUGUGACAGAGUGGACCGACUGAGGCAGAGGCAGGCAGCCAGUUGGGCAUUUGCCAUUUAUUUUCUCUCUUCUUCUAUUUUUUCUCUCUCUUAUUUCCAGAAAGGAGGGAGAGUCUAUUGCACCUUUUUGUUUCGUGCGUAAACUGGAUAAAGGCUGUUUUUUUUCUUUUCCUCCUCCAAAUUCUGUGGGGGGACCUCCAACUCUUUCAGCCUGAGCUGUCCAUUUGAGAGGUGGUGGUCUGGGUGGAGUUUUUCUUUCCCCUUUGUUUUGCCGCAGGUGCUGUUGGGGGUGAUAACCGUGCCUUCCCGUGUGUUUGCAGCGCAUCGGCCCCCCGCGGCGCUCAGAUUAAGUCCCACCAUGAGACGGCUUUUGGAGACGUGGGUCGCCGUGCUGACAGCUUGCGCGCUGGCCGGACGCGCCUCCGCGGGAUACGGGCUGAGCAUGUUCGCCGCGCAGUCCUCCCCGCCGGACCCGUGCUACGACGAGAACGGGAACCCGCGGAGGUGCAUCCCCGACUUCGUCAACUCCGCUUUCGGGAAGGACGUGCGCGUGUCCAGCACCUGCGGCGCGCCGGCGGCCCGCUACUGCGUGGUGACCGAGAAGGGCGAGGAGCGCACGCGGGACUGCCACACGUGCGACGCCGCGGACCCCAAGAAGUCCCACCCGCCCGCCUACCUGACGGACCUCAACAACCCGCACAACCUUACCUGCUGGCAGUCGGAGAACUACGCGCAGUACCCGCAGAACGUCACCCUCACGCUGUCGCUUGGGAAAAAGUUCGAGGUCACCUACGUGAGCCUGCAGUUCUGCUCGCCCAGACCCGAGUCCAUGGCGAUCUACAAGUCAAUGGACUACGGCAAGUCGUGGGUUCCGUUCCAGUUUUACUCCACGCAGUGCAAGAAGAUGUACAACCGGCAGAACAAGGCGACGAUCACCAAGCAGAACGAGCAAGAGGCGAUCUGCACGGACUCCCACACCGACAUGCACCCGCUGACCGGCGGCCUGAUCGCCUUCAGCACCCUGGACGGACGGCCGUCGGCGCACGACUUCGACAACUCGCCGGUGCUGCAGGACUGGGUGACGGCCACCGACAUCAAGGUGAUCUUCAGCCGCCUGCACACGUUCGGCGACGAGAACGAGGACGACUCGGAGCUGGCGCGCGACUCCUACUUCUACGCCGUGUCGGACCUGCAGGUCGGCGGACGGUGCAAGUGCAACGGGCACGCGUCGAAGUGCGUCAAAGACCGCGAGGGGAACCUGGUGUGCGAGUGCAAGCACAAUACGGCGGGGCCGGAGUGCGACAGGUGCAAGCCGUUCCACUACGACCGGCCGUGGCAGCGCGCCACGGCCCGGGAGGCCAACGAGUGCGUCGCGUGCCACUGCAACCUGCACGCCCGCCGCUGCCGCUUCAACAUGGAGCUGUACAAGCUGUCCGGCCGCAGGAGUGGCGGCGUCUGCCUCAACUGUCGUCACAACACAGCGGGGCGCCACUGUCACUACUGCAAGGAGGGCUACUACAGGGACAUGACCAAGUCCAUCUCUCACCGCAGAGCCUGCAAAGCCUGCGACUGUCAUCCGGUCGGAGCAGCGGGGAAAACGUGCAACCAGACAACAGGCCAGUGUCCCUGCAAGGACGGAGUGACGGGGAUCACUUGCAACCGCUGCGCCAAGGGUUACCAGCAGAGCCGCUCCCCCAUCGCGCCGUGCAUAAAAAUCCCUGUUGCAUCUCCGACAUCGACUUACAGCAGCUAUGAGGAGCCGUCAGAUUGCGAGUCCUACUGUAAAGCCUCCAAGGGAAAAAUGAAGAUCACCAUGAAGAAGUACUGCAAGAAAGACUUUGCCGUCCAGGUUCACGUCCUCAAAGGCGACAAGGCAGGCGAGUGGUGGAAGUUCACCGUCAACAUAAUUUCCGUCUACAAGCAAGGCGGCCACCGCAUCCGCCGCGGGGACCAGCUGCUGUGGGUGCGCGCCAAGGACGUGGCCUGCAAGUGUCCCAAGAUCAAGCCCGGGAGGAAGUACCUGCUCCUGGGCUCGGACGACGACGCCCCCGGACAGAGCGGCGUGGUCGCCGACAAAGGCAGCCUGCUCAUCCCAUGGAAGGACCUGUGGGGCCGUCGGCUGAGGAAGUUCCAACAGCGCGGCAAGAGGGGGAAGUGCUAAAAUAAAGAGUAAAAACGGCUUGUGGGUGAGAGGAGAGGAGAGAGAUCGUUGUGACGCCUCCCGCUGGGAUCGAAAGGAGAAGAGAUGGAUGAUGGAUUAACUGAUAGUAAUAAAUAAAAGGGACAAAAAAAAGUGAAGAGUAGGAGAAUUGGUGGAGACUGAGUGCUGCUGCUCUGAGCUGGAGGAAAAGAGAAUAAUGUUUUUUUAGGAACUUUUUUUUUGUGUGAAGGAGCUCGCUCUACGGUUGUUCCGUUUCUUCGUCUUUGAGGUGUGUUUUAUCGUGUAAUUGCAGAGUUUGCACCUAAUUCCACAGACACGACUCAUACGAACCCCCUUUCUUACGCCAUGGUGUCGCUGUACAACAACGCUCUUCCCCGCAGAGCCGCAAAGCUCCUUGGGGAGGAAAAAAAAAAACUGCUCUGGAGCAUCACGGGACCACACGCACGCCCAAGUAUGGAAGGUCGUUCCUGCAGAUCUGCCAAACUGUCGUCUACUUUUGCGAAACGUUUAAACCCGUUCCAAGCUGCCAGUCUCUUGUGUGCCAUGUUUCCCGGGAACUUCCUGACCACGUAGGCGCGUUACCUCACUGGGUUCUGGGAACAAAGAGAUCCAACUCUCUGCUCGGCUCCUACCUGCAGUUCAGGUGCAUCUGAAUAUAUUGAGGCAUCGUUGAAAAGUGAAAUUGUUUUAGUCGUCGGUUCCAAAGUGAAACGCUUGUUAAGUAAGCUUAAUGCCUAAUAUUACCUAAGUGUUAAUUUUGAUUAUCAUAAAUUACAGCUAAUAAAAAGCUAAGCUUAAGUGCUUCAGAAAAAAAAUUUAAUAAAAUAUAAUGAGAGUAAUAAAACAAGGUUUUUAAUGCAGAAAUGUUGACCUACUGAAAGCCAUGUCCGUGGAAUGUGAGAUACCUUCACUCAGUACUUGAGCUAGGAUGAUUUUGUGGCUAUGCUAAGGUGUUUAAGGGGGUAUUAUUGUGCAAAAUAAGCUUUUUUUUAUUUUAACAUGUUAAAAUGUUGCUCCCUCACAUUUUAGAUUUUGUUUUUUCAUGUUUG